AUGAAAAACGGUGAGAAAAUACCAGAUUACAUCAACUGGGUUUUAGAUGUUGUUUAUCAAAUAAGGAUGCUUGGUGAAGAUGUACUGGAGCAUAUGGUUGUCGCAAAGAUCUUGAGAAGUCUUACACAUGAUUUUAAACAUGUUGUCUCAUAUAUUGUGGAAGCAAAGGAUCUAAGCAAGCCCACUAUGGAGGAGUUGAGUGGCUCACUCAAGAGUCAUGAAGCAAUCCUUCAUAUUUCUGCUGAACCAGAAGAAGAGGCUGCCUUUCAAGCAGCUACUAAUUUUCCAGUAAAUACUGGAGGCCGAAGAGGAAGGGGCCGUGGGCGCAGUCUCUUCACUGGUCAUUUUUGUGGACGAGGAAGAGGAAGAACCGAAGACAAUAUCUUCAAAGGCGACAGCUCAAGGCAACAUCAAAGACCAAACAUACAAUGCUUUGAAGCAAAUGUUGCCGAAGAAACUCAAGAAGGAGAAGAAGAAAGCUUGCUCUUUAUGGUUGCUAAAAACUCUAGAGAAAACACUGGUGAAACUUGGCUCAUUGACAGUGGUUGCUCGAACCACAUGUCAGGCAAUAAAGGACUUUCCACCGAUCUGAAAGAUGUCUCCCAACAAACGUUUGUUCCACAACUGGCACACAAUCUUCUCGGCGUUGGCCAGUUGAUGUCAUCAGGGUAUAAAGUGGAUUUCGAUGAUGGAGAGUGCCAUAUAAUACACAAGAACACAAACACCUUGUUUGCUCGGAUAGAGGUGGUGAAUUCAUCUCCAAGGAUUUGCGAGGUUUUGCAAACUCAAUGGCAUACAACGUCAGCUCUCAGCUUUGUAUUCGUCUCAACAGAAUGGCGUUGUAGAGUGAAAAAAUCGAAUAGUCAUGGAGAUGGCGCAGUCUAUGCUAAAUGA